UCCACGUGUGGGGACAGCGCGUGCAGUUCAGCAGAGCCAUGAAGAGACCGAAGUUAAAAAAUGCGAGUAAGCGCAUGACCUGCGCCAAACGCUUCAAAAUCCAAAAGAAGGUUCGCGAACAUCACAAAAAACUUCGAAGAGAAGCCAAGAAGAGUGGAAUCAAACGAAAGACCAAGAAGGAUGUUGGUGUCCCGAAUAGUGCUCCAUUUAAGGAGGAAGUGCUCAGAGAAGCAGAGCAGAGAAAGCUUGAGCUUGAGGCACUGAAGGAACAGAACAAGUUACUCAAGCAGAAGGGAAAAGCAGAGAAAAGAAAGAAGACCAAAGAGGAAAGCAGCGCCGAUACAGAGUCCAAAACGAAAAAAGCAAAAAAAGAGGCAAAGGUGAAGGCUCAGAAAGAAGCGAGGGCAGCUGUUGCCAAGGAGAAAAGUGCCAAGAAGUUCAGAUGCAAUGAAAUAAACAAGGUUAUUGAAGCUUCUGAUGUAAUACUGGAGGUUCUGGAUGCCAGAGAUCCUAUGGGCUGUCGCUGUCCUCAGCUGGAAGAGGCCGUGCUGAAGCACGAAGGAAAUAAAAGGCUGCUGCUUGUAGUAAACAAAAUAGAUCUUAUACCUAAAGACAAUCUUCAGAAAUGGGUUGCGUAUCUUCAAGCACAGUGUCCAACGUUUGCCUUUAAAGCCUCCACACAACUACAGGACAGAACUGUGCUUGAGAAGAAGCAGAGAGUGGCUAACAGGGCCGUUGACUACAGCAGAGCGGGAGCAGCACUUGGCUGUGAUUCUCUUAUGCAGAUACUAAACAGCCUCGCUAGCAAGAAAGGCACUGACGUCAUGCUCAAAGUCGGCGUUGUCGGGUUUCCUAAUGUCGGGAAGAGCAGCAUCAUUAACUCUCUGAAGGGAAUAAGAGCGUGCCAUGCUGGAGUUCAGCGAGGAAUGACCAAAUGUAUGCAGGAAGUGCAUAUCUCAAAGACAGUGAAGCUGAUUGACAGUCCAGCAAUUGUGACGACUGCUUCGAACUCUGGAGAGAAGCUGGCGCUGAGAAGUCUGCAAGUGGAGGAAAAAGAGGAGAAUCCGCUAGAGACUGUCAGACAUGUGUUAAAUCAGUGCAACCAGCAACAUAUCAUGCUGCAAUACAACGUCCCAGACUACAGAAACUCCAUGGAGUUUUUGACCUACUUGGCCAAAAAGCGUGGCUACCUGCAGAAGGGUUCACUGCCCAACACAGAGCAAGCUGCAAUGUUUUUUCUCAAUGACUGGACUGGGGCUAAACUAAGCUAUUGCAGCAAAGUACCCGAGUCAGGCAACCUCCCUCCUCACCUUACUGAAAGCAUGGUUACACAGAUGCAGACGGGGCUGGAGCUGGACAAGCUGAAGACGGCCAACGAGGAGAUCAUCAAACGAGUGCGAAAUCCAAGUUUAGCCAGUACCAUCAGCUUUAACUCAAGGGGCUUGACUAAUGGAGUGCUGAACGCUGGUGAGAUUCCACAAGAAAAAGCCACUGCAGUAGCAGCAGCAAAGACGGAUGAGGGAGAGGAGGAAAUUACUGAACACGCAGAGGAUGGGGAUGAGAUUGAAGAUACAGAGGAGGUUGAGGCUCCUGCACCCAAGAAGAAACAAACACCAAAAUCAUCUCGACAGAAAACAAGUGAAAAGAGGAAAGGAAAAGCAAAGCCCACUCCUGUUAACACUGAUCUGUUGGCUGCGCAGCAGAAGGAUGAUGACGACGCCUAUGACUUCAGCACAGACUUUGUAUAAACCUCUCUGUGUAUGAAGAACAGAUUUUACCUGCAUGACUCAGCCAACCUGGUCAUCCUUCACCCUAUUAAUGCAUUGACUGAAAUCUGUCCGGAACACACAUUAUUAUACAUUAUGUUGUAUAUACAACAAAAGAUUAAAACUGUAAUUUUCUGUU